GAGUGCGGUUCAGGUGCAGACCGAAAACAGAGGGGGAACACCGGCCUAAUCUCGUUACAUAAGAAGCCACUGAGUCUGCAGACUCCCUCUGCGGUAAUCCUCUGAACUAUUCAUGUUCAAUUGUCCCGAGGCGACACACUUAACGCACAGGGCGCAGUCACUUUGCGCACACUUGUGGCUCCGUGCUGCUUUUGGAAGGCGCGGAGUCUAUGUGGAGGGCAAAAAAAAAAAAAAAAAAAAAAAAGUGCUGGAAGCGGGUAGCGAUCGGUGGCUACAGUCGGCGUAUUAACGCUUUCUCUGCUGCAGAGGCUGCCGUUGCCUCUUUUUGCAGCUGGCGGCUCAUUGCGCUGUUGGGGCCGUGACGAUUCCGCUGACGCGCCACUAGCCGCACCACCCAGGAGACAGAAGUGGAGAGCGACGGAGCGGGGCUGGACACCGGACUCUUUCUUCUCCUCCUUCCUCUUCUAACGCGGACGAACGGCUUUUUGUCCACCUGCAAGUCGAUAUUUACGCAGCAAUCAGAGCGGCAGCAUCAGCCCCGACUCCCCAGCAGCGAUGGAGGUUCCAGGCUUGGCGCACAAUAUCACCAGCCCGUUAAGUCCCUGCGAGGGGAUGAUCAAGGACCUGAGUCUGGAUUCCAUACAGUUAUGCGAAAGAGACGAUAGCAAAUCCCAGGAUGGCAGCAUGGAAGAACUCCCUGUUCCUCAGAACAUCAAAAUCAGCAACAUCACUUGCGACUCCUUUAAGAUCUGCUGGGACAUGGAGGCGCGCAGCAAGGAACGCAUCACACACUACUUCAUUGACCUGAAUAAGAAGGAGAACAAAAACUCAAACAAGUUCAAACACAAGGACGUUCCCACCAAGCUCGUGGCCAAGGCGGUGCCCCUGCCCAUGACGGUCCGGGGCCACUGGUUCCUGAGCCCCCGCACGGAGUACACUGUGGCCGUCCAGACUGCGUCCAAACAGACCGAUGGGGACUACACCGUCUCCGAGUGGAGCGAGAUCAUCGAGUUCUGCACUGCCGAUUACUCUACGGUUCAUCUAACCCAGUUGCUGGAGAAGGCCGAAGUCAUUGCCGGGCGGAUGCUGCGGUUCUCUGUUUUCUACAGGAACCAGCAUAACGAGUACUUCGAUCAUGCCAGGGAGGCGCAGGACAACCGGAUGAUGCCGUCGGUGAAAGACAACAGCGGCAGUCACGGCUCGCCCAUCAGCGGCAAGCUGGAGGGAAUCUUCUUCAGCUGCAACACAGAGUUCAACACCGGCAAGCCGCCGCAGGACUCCCCCUACGGCCGCCUUCGCUUCGAGGUGCGGGCCGACGCGCUCUUCAACCCCGACACCAACCUGUACUUCGGAGACUUCUACUGCAUGUACACGGCCUACCACUACGUCAUCCUGGUCCUGGCGCCGCGGGGCUCCAGGGGCGACGACUUCUGCAAGCAGAGGCUGCCCGCCCUCGACAUCGGCAACAACCGCUUCCUGACCUGCAAGCAGGACGAAGACGGCGGCCUGGUGUUCCACCACGCCCAAGACGUCAUCUUGGAGGUGAUCUACACGGAGCCCGUGGACCUGGCUCUGGGCACGGUGGCGGAGAUCAGCGGGCACCAGCUCAUGAGUCUGUCCACGGUAAACGCCAAGAAGGACCCCAGCUGCAAGACCUGCAACAUCAGCGUGGGACGCUAAACAACAAAAACGACAAAAAAAAAAAAAAAAAAAAAAGGGAGCCCAAAGUCCAGGAGGGGGAGAGAGGGACUUGAUUUUUUUUUUUUUUUUGACUGACCCCAUCCACACAAACGAAGGAAGGCCACAAGGACCGACGAAGCUGGCGAACACGUGCAUGGAGCAGCAGAUUUAUAAGGCUCAUUGCUCCCCGUCCCUACCGAAAGCCGUCAUUCCCAAAGAUCAAAGAAAAAUUUAAAAAAAUAAACAUCCUUGAAUUAUCAUCAUCUAAUAAAGGUAAAAACACCAUCAUCACUUGGUUCAUAUUUGUGUACUGACCAAACCCUUUAACUGUACUAAAAGUCUGCUUCUAUUAAACUUUGUGCUUUUUUUAAAAUUAUUAUAUAAUGAUCCAUGUUAAAUUAACAAUCUUAGCCUCUGUGUUACUGAUGCACUGUUAACUAGCAAUUGAGACUCUGAAUUCGCAUUCCACGUCAUUUCAAUUGAUUAAUUCAGAUCUCUACUUACCUCCUACUAGUGGCACGGACUGGUACUACAGUUUUCUAGGGCUGCAACACUCGGAUCAGUUUCAUUUCAUUUCUUUUAUACCAAAGGAAUUAAAACCUGGACGUUAAAUCGCGGCGGAAUCCGAACCGCACUAAUGCAACAAUCUCUCCGUGUGUAUCCACAAGGUCUUUUGGUGACAAACUGUGAGCAAUUUAUUAAACUUUAAAAAAAAAAAAACA